AUAGUUUACAAUAGAUCUAAAGCAGCAAAUCAAACACAGAACAUGCAUAUUACUCAAAUCCCUCACCAUUAAACCAAAUUUACUCAAAUUAGUAGUCUUGCAUUGAGUAUCAGUUACAAUAUUUUUUUUCUUUUUUUGGGUACAAACAAUUUUUUUAUUAAAGUAUUAAAAAAGAAGAAAGGAAAAUGAACAGAAAGCAAAAUGAACGCUUUGUCCGAAAACGUCGUGGCGCGUAACAAACUCUCACGCUUUUCCUUCCUAUUCCUAUAAAACACCGCCCCCUACCUUUUUCUCUCUUUCUCAUAUUUCCAAACUUCAACGUAUUCAUUCGUUCAUUCGCUCUCUUUUUCAAUUAUGUCAAACAAAACCAUUCUCGUCACCGGCGGAGCCGGUUACAUCGGCAGCCACACCGUCCUCCAGCUUCUUCUCGGCGGUUACAAAGCCGUCAUCGUAGAUAAUCUCGACAAUUCUUCUCAAAAAUCCAUCGACAGAGUCAAACAACUCGCCGGCAAUUUAGCCGGUAAUCUUUCAUUUCAUAAGUUGGACUUACGGGAUAGAAAUGGGCUCGAGAGUAUAUUUUCUUCCACAAAGUUUGAUGCGGUUAUACAUUUUGCUGGACUGAAAGCAGUCGGUGAAAGUGUGCAAAAACCACUGCUCUACUAUGACAACAACUUAAUUGGGACCAUUAUUCUAUUUGAAGUCAUGGCCGCCCAUGGAUGCAAGAAGCUUGUGUUCUCCUCUUCAGCCACUGUAUAUGGUUGGCCAAAGGAGGUCCCCUGCACUGAAGAGUUCCCUUUGUCAGCUGCAAGCCCAUACGGAAGAACCAAGCUAUACAUUGAAGAAUUUUGUCGUGAUAUCUACCGUUCAGAUCCAGAGUGGAAAAUAACACUGUUGAGAUACUUCAACCCUGUUGGUGCACAUCCUAGUGGUCAGAUUGGCGAGGAUCCCCGUGGAAUUCCCAACAACCUCAUGCCUUUUGUUCAGCAAGUUGCAGUUGGCAGACGCCCUGCAUUGACAGUUUUUGGAACAGAUUAUAGUACAAGUGAUGGAACUGGAGUUCGUGAUUACAUUCAUGUUGUUGAUCUAGCAGAUGGGCACAUUGCUGCAUUGCGUAAACUAGAUGAUCCUAAGACAGGUUGUGAGGUUUAUAACUUGGGAACAGGAAAGGGAACAUCGGUUUUUGAGAUGGUUAAAGCUUUCGAACAGACCUCUGGAAAGAAAAUUCCAAUUGUAAAGGCUGAUCGGAGACCUGGAGAUGCUGAAGUCGUUUAUGCAUCAACAGCAAAAGCAGAAAAAGAACUGAACUGGAAGGCAAAAUAUGGCAUCGAUGAUAUGUGCCGUGACCAAUGGAAUUGGGCUAGCAAAAACCCUUAUGGCUACGGUGAAUCUAAUUAAGAGUGAAGAUUUUUUCAAAUCCAUUUGACAUUGAUCAUUUAUUUAUAUAUUUAUACAAAAUAAGUUCUCUUUUGAACCUAUAGGCCACUACAAAUUCAGUUUUCUCUAGAGUUUUUCUUUCUUUUUAGCAAUUCUAAGAUUGUAAUUAUGAAUUUUAAUUAUGAGGCAAAUAAGUAGUGGUUUAAGUUAAUGGUUCUUUAGAUUCCAGCUUACAGGUUAUUAAAUGAGGAUCCUCUCAUGUUCUUCAACAUGAUUGCAUCCCGUUUUGUAAAUCUCAAUCACAUUUUUAGAAUUAGAUGAUUUAUAGAGAUAUGAUUUUACCUCAU